AUGGAAUUGUAUCGACUUCAGGCUUCUGAUAUUCUAUUUGACGAGAAAACUGAUUACAUUGGGAAAGGUUGUUUUGGGUGUGUUUAUAAAGCGAGUCUGAAAGGUGUGACUGUUGCUGUUAAAGUUCCGAUCAAAGAAUUAGAAGAUAGCCAGUUAGAAUCAUACAUGCAAGAGAUGAAAUUGAUGAAUGACUCACAUAGUCCGAAUGUAGUAUUAUUUAUUGGUAUGGCGAUGUCACAGAACCUCCCUAUGUUUGUGACUGAAUUUAUCAAAGCUGAUUUGUUUCGAUUAAUUCAUUCUGUUGACUCCCUUCCCCCCGAGUACCGAUAUCAUCAAUUAGAUUUAGCAUUAAAAAUUGAUUUAUUUGCACAGUGUUGUGCCAGUAUCCAGUGGAUUCACAAUCGCGUCGGGUUGAUUCAUCGUGAUAUUAAACCAGCCAAUUUCUUGUUAGACGAGAACUUUCAUGUGAAAGCUUGCGACUUUGGGUUUGCAGAGAGUGUUAAAGGGAAAGAUCAUACUUUCAAAGGUUCUCCUAUGUACUGUUCGCCUGAAGUGCUUGAGAAGGUUAAGAACAUUGGCAAAGAAAUAGAUAUCUACGCACUUGGUAUAACUAUGUGGGAAUUGUUUUAUGAACAAUACCCCUUUAGUGAACACCCCGAAAUAGAAACAGUGGAACAGUUACUUCCCGCUUUGAAAAAGGGGAUGAGGCCAAUUUUACCAAAUCAUUUUAUCAAAGACAACGAAAGCAAUUCGUCCAAAGCACUUGAAAUCAAAGAACUUAGAAAGGCGUUUGGAGGACUUUGCGAAACUAUUCCAAUCGAGAUUGAAACGUUGAUGAUGAAGUGCUGGUGCGCGGAACCCAAAAAGAGACCAGAUAUUAACAAACUAGUGGAUGCAGUGAAUGACCUCAAACUUUCGACAAGUAUUGGUAAUAUGUCGGCUACAACGUGGUGGAAAAAGUGUUUUGAAAAGGAUGGGGGUGGAGUCAACUCUGUGAUAGUCGAGAAGUUCAUAGAGCCGUUGAUCAAAAGUUACAAAUUGAAAAUUGAUUCAAUCAACUUACUCAAGGAAAAUAUAGGAAGAUCAAAUGAAGUCGAUUUGCAGAGGUUUGAGUAUCUGUUAAAUACAUAUGGAAAGUUUUUCACCGACAAAACGGCUUUCACAAAGAUGGUUGACGUCUUUAGAGCAGCAUGGUGGUUCUCUGCACUGACAAAAGAUGAGGCGUUGAGUGUAUUGGACAAUCAAGUAGAUGGUACUUUUUUGAUACGAGAAAGCACAAGUGUGCCAAAUUCUCCAUUAACUCUUUCGAGAAGAAAUGCAGGACAAACUUUACACACAAGAAUCCUCACAUCGAAAGAUAAAAAGGGGAAUAUCGUAUAUUCAGUGUCAUUAAAAGGAAGAGAAACUUCAUACGACGAUGUGUGCACGUUGAUUGAGUCACUAAUGGCAUUGAGUGUUAUUAAAACCCCGUGUGGUCAUGACACUAAACCAUCACUUUACUAA